AUGGAUAAGAGCCUCCACCUAUUUAUAUCUGGUGAUGAGAAAGGCCUGUUGAAGCUGACCCUUAGGCUUUUUGAGAACGGCUUUUUCAACUGUUACCUCACCAACCAGCAGUUCAACCUAUUGAGCUUGAUAUUACAUUUGGAUGUUUCCAAACGUGAAGCAGUAUGGAAAUCUUUUGUUGAUGGCACACUGAGUCUUAGUUUUUUACAAACGGCUGAGACUUCUUCCAAAGAAGACACUCAGCCUGCUGAAGAGGUCAAAGGCGAUGAAGCUCCAGAAUCAUCAACGCCAGAACAGAGUAACCAGGACGAAACGCCAGAAACAGCUAACUCAGGUAAUGCUGAAAAGUCUGAGAAUGGAAAAGGGGCGGAGUUCUCACAAAAUGUCUCGAUAGAUACGGAGUUGUAUCUUAAGCCUGGAAAGAAGUCUGUCCUUCAUCUGGCCUCCACAGUACGCUAUUUGUUAUGGGAGAAGGCUGUGGAUCAUCUUUACAACGGAGGAAAUGACACAGAUCUUCAAGACACAUACUCUCUUAUGGAUGAGAGCGAUACGGAAGCGACAGAAUCAAAAGCCGAUGGUGUGGAGCCCAGUGCACCUCGUGAUGAGGAAGAUGAUUAUGAUGACGAAGAGGAAGAGGAAGACUCUGGAAAAGAUAAGGCUGUUGUUGGUGAAACUACCACAAAAUAUGGCAACAGCACAGAAGAUGAGGAUGGAGUCAUCACGAAACUGGAAGACGACAAGAUUGAAUUAGUCAUACCGAUAUCGCUACUCACGUCCAAGCCGAACCUGCCCACCCCCAUUGAUCCUGCCAGUAGCGUGGACGAGGCUAUAGGCAAAAUGGUGCAUCCUCUUUUGGGCACAUCAUCUGUUAUUGAGUCAAAUUUGGAAAGACAAAACGAGACAAAGCUGAUUAAGAGUUUCAAUAAAAUCUACCACGGGUUCGAAUCUGAUCAGACGAAUCUUAUAAAGAGAAGAAAGCUCGAAAGAAGUGACAAGCAGCUAGCCAGAGGUGAUGAUUUGGAGGAUGGUGAUGGGUCCCAGAAGGGUAACAAUGUGAAUAAGCUCAUCAACUUUGGUGGUGCAGCCAAUCUUUCGCUAAAGAAUUUGCUGAGCAAGAUUGAGGACAACAGAGAUAACCUGAACAUCACCGACAUUGAGCUUCGCAACCUGAUUAUGGAUGUGAGAAAGAACAGGUCCAAAUGGGCCAGUUAUAACCACAUAGGCCAAGAAGAGCUCUACGAAGCCUGCGAGAAAGUGAUUUUGGAGCUACGUGGGUAUACCGAGCACUCCACUGCGUUCUUGAACAAAGUUUCUAAAAGAGAUGCCCCAAACUACUACCAAAUCAUCAAGAAGCCCAUGGAUCUUAACACAGUGAUGAAGAAGCUUAAGACUUUUCAGUACAAAACGAAGUCAGAGUUCGUGGAUGACGUCAUGUUGAUAUGGAAGAAUUGUCUGACCUAUAACUCGGAUCCCAAUCAUUUUUUGAGAGUUGAUGCUCUUGCAAUGCAGAAAAAAGCUCUGGCGUUGAUUCCACUUAUACCAGAUAUCACAGUUAGAGACCGUUCGGAUGUUGAGAAGGAGGAGAUGUUGGAGCACGCAGAAGACACUCCGUCGACGACAGCCGUAAGCUCUCCCAAAACGACAAGGGUAGCGGGCUCAAAAGCCCCUAAGAAGGGAAGACGACAGGGCCAUGAACACCCACCCUUGAUUGAAGAUGACGAUGACGGUGAUGAUAUGGAUGUGGAUGAGAACCCUGACGUCACAGCCACAACGAGCAAUGUGGACACCCCAGAUCCCAGCGUAAAGGUAGAAAACGAUGAAACACCUGCUGUGGAAACAGAGGCCGAAAAGCCUGAUGUUACUGUGGAGAACAUUACCACUAAUGACAACGAAGAUGAUGACGAAGACGAAGAUGAUCAAGAGGGAAGAGGCGACGAUGAUGACGACAACCAGGGUAUAGAGGAGGACGAUUUGGAGAUGCAAACUUGGAGAACUCUCACUGCUAAUUCCAGGUUCAAGCUAUGCAGCAGGAGAUCUGCAUUGUUCAAGGGAAGCAAGUUGCAACCAAACGAAGAGGCCAUUCUACGAGACGCUCAACAGAUGAGUAACUUCAGCAACUAUUUGGGUGAUGAGAACAACCUCGUGUUGCAUCGCAACCAGUAUCUGGACGACAAUGACGAGCCUUAUCUCAUAGAGUAUGACAUUGGUGGUGGUGUUCCUUCGAUACCAUUUAAGGGCCUCUCUGAGGCAGACCUGGAAGCCUUAGAUAACGAAGCCAUCGAGAAGCUGAUGAGGACAGGCCAAGACUUCAACUCUCUUCCUCCUUCGCGUUUUACCUCAAAUCAGUCAGGGACCACCAAAAAUAUCCUGCUUCAGAACAUCGACCUCAUGCAGGACGUGAGGAAAAUAUGUUUCAAGAUCUCGUUGAUUCGCCAGAUGCAAACUCAACAGUUCCUCCAUCACACUCAGAUGCAGCCACCUGAUGUGGACAGAUUGGAGGAUAUCGAUUUGGAUCCUGUCGAAAAGCUUGGAACUCAUGAUUAUAUGAAUGGAGAGGUAUGUUAUACAGCUUUGAAGAGGAACGUAUGCAAGGUGGUGAUGGCUAAUGGGUUCGAGUCUACAAACGAGUUUGCAGCAGACAUCAUGACCCAGCUCGCAGUUGACUAUUUCGCCAGCCUGGUAAAGUCUUUGAAGAUGCACAUGGAGUCCAACUCAAUCAACAAGCUUCCGAUCAAGGGUCAUACCAAGCCCAUGACGUUGAAGCAGGGGCUCCUCGUGUCGCUAUUGGAGAAUGGGAUUGAAAAACCAGAUGCUCUGUAUACGUACUAUAGAGAGAACGUGCAGAAGCAGCAUACUAAGUUGAUCGAGUUGAAAGAAAGACUUUCUUCAUUCUUGAAGGAUCUUCUAAGACCCGGUCUACAGGAGUUUACUGAAAAGACCUUCAAUGAGUCUUCGGACCAGUUUCUCACAGGAGAUUUCUCGAAUGAAAUUGGAGAGGAUUUCUUUGGUUUCAAAGAGUUGGGUCUGGACAAAGAAUUCGGAUUACUUACAUCUACCAUCCCACUGCAUCUUUUACACUCGAGAUUGCAGAGUUCAUUGAACCCAGACCAGCAGGCCCACAAGAUCAAGUAUGAGGACCUAGAAGAUGUCACAUACCCGAAGUUGACAAAGGAGUCUGUCAAGAAGCAGAUUGGUCUGCUGCAGCCAUUAUUGGUGAAGGUCAUAGAAAGAUCAGAACAGAACCUGCUCAAAGUUCUCAGACGAAACGAUCAGCCCGAAGUCAUACCGUCCAAUAAUGCGGAAGUUGAGCUGAUGGAAGACGAUGAGUUGCCUCAGAAACAGAGAAACUUGAGGCCCAAGAUUCCUCCAACGGGAAAGAUUAUGGGCGUUCGCAAAAAGCCUGUUGCAACCUCCUUCUUCUUGGAGGAAGAUUUGACAAAGUCAGAGGUUGUUGAGGUAUGA